GUGCGUCUGCAGAGAGAGACAGCGAGGGAGAGAGAGAGAGAGAUGGCCAUGGCCUUUCCUCUCUCAGUGACAGGUACUUGUUUGUUAUGGGAGCUACUCCAAAGCCUCCGAGUGCAGUAGUACUUGCCAGAGCUUACUGUGUACUAUGGCCACCCCGACCCCUGCUCGAGAAUUUACUACAACACCACCGUGGACGAUGUAUCCACAUCUCCUUUCCCUCUACCCUCCCGGCAGGCCCACCCCUCCUCCUAACUAACCACAAUAUAGUAAGGUGACAAUUACCCGGCCUGCUCCACAGUAGCCAUGCAAAACCUAUCACUCGUAUACAUUUGGCAGUUGGCACUCCUUUGAGCAACACGAGCACAGGCCUCCCUGCUGCCCUUUCUAUUCCCUAGCUCUCCCUCCCUUGUCUCUCCUCCCCUCCCCUCCCCUCCUCCCGUUGAUGCUCUCUCCUUGCAUCGCCAAGGAAGAGUGCUAGCUGAGAGGGUUCCCCAACCUCAUUGCUAGCGAGCUAGACCAGCUCAGACGCCGGUUACUUCGUACGUGCAGCAAAUUAUUCCGCAGAGACACGAGAAAUUCUGUACCUUUCUCCACCUGGCUGCAUGGGCAGCGGCGGCGAAGGCAGCAGCGGCGGCGCGGCGAGCGUUCGGGAGCCUCACGACUUCAGCAACGUCGCGUCCUUCUCCGAGCUGCCGUUCCUCCGCUCCGCUCCGCCCCGUGAGAGCCCCAACUCCGGCAUCCGCAUCUUCGGCAUCGACGUCCCGCAUUCAUCACCGGAGGGCAAGGCAGCGGCUAAAGAAACCACCGCCACCACGGCUGCCGCCACGCAAAGCAGCAGCGGCGGCGGCGGCGCCGUCGCCGCUCCCACCGACAGCAGCCGCAAGUUCGAGUGCCACUACUGCUGCAGGCACUUCCCGACGUCGCAGGCGCUCGGAGGCCACCAGAACGCGCACAAGCGCGAGCGGCAGCACGCCAAGCGGGUGCAGAUGCAGUCGGCGAUGGCCGCCGCCGCGGCGGCCGCGGCUGGCGGCGCGCACCACCACCACCUCCUCGGCUACCCGCAGCAUCGCUUCGGCGUGGCAGGCCCCACGGUGGCGACAUUGUACCCCUCGUGGCCCACGAUGAGGGCUCCAGGCGGCGCCGUCGCCAUCGGCCCGCAGUUCUACAGCGGGAUCGGGUCGAUCACCCAGCCGAUCAACGGGAACCCCCUGACGGCUGGGCUAUGGAGGGGGCCGCCUGCCGGGCACGGGAGCACGAGCAUGCCGCCGGGUGGAGAGCGGCGGCCGGUUGCGCUGUCCGUGUUCCGCGGAGACGAGCCGAGGGCUUCAACUCGUCUUUUGCCGUCGCCCUCGUCUUCUUCCUCUUUGCUGCUGUCGCCACAAGGUCAGUUUGUUUGUGAGCAGCCGGCGACCACCGCAGCUGAGGGCGUCAGCUUAGAUUUGCAUCUAUAAUUGUUUCAUUUUUUUCUGCUGCUUUUAGCAGAUAAAUCAAAUAACUGAUUUCCUUACCUUUUCCAUAUAUUUCGAUUACUCUUCACUGAAUUCAGAUCAUGCCUUUAUUUUCUGACACAGUGCAAAAGAAUCCCAUUUAUCAAAGUUUUUAACCUUUGGCCUGCAUGUAUAGAGAUUCGGAUUAUAUAAUUAGGGUUUCGGGUUUUAUCAUUCAA